GUUUCACGAUGGAAGCACUAGAAGAAAUAGUCCCUUUUCUAUCAAAAUCUGCUCGUCUCGAUCUGCGGGUCGUUUCUCUCUCACAUGUGCUUGGAAUUACAGGCUCAGUGGAAGGGAUCAAAUUGCUCAUUACAAAUGAAACAUUGCUAAAUAAUCUGCUUGAUCUAACAACUGAUGAGUCCGUAGCGAAGGAUGCUGUACUGUGUCUUGUUAAUAUUACGGCAGAAGAGUUUGGAGCCGCUGUGGUAGUAGAUAAGCUUUCCGAACGAUUAAUACCAAUCGCAUAUGAAGCGAUACUGGACGAGAACUGCAAGCUGAGCGAUGCAUGGUGUAUGGUACUGUGCAACAUCACCCGUCCCGAGCAUCUCGUCGAAUCGGUCCUGAAGCAUCUGCUGGCGAUAGAGUUUGCGUUGGAAAAGCUAACCACGUGCUUUACGCGCAUUAAUUACAACAAGCAAAAGUGCCAUCUUAAUUACCUCAGUCCAUUGUUUAGCAACGUGUCGCAAAGUAAAGCCGGUCGUACCGUGUUUUGCAACCAGACGACAGGGCUACUGGGCCGGUUGCUUCCGUUCGUACAUCACGAGGGAAGUAUUGUACGUCGGGGUGGUGCUGUCGGGUUGCUUAAAAACGUGUGUUUUGAUUCGUCUGAGCAUGAAUGGCUGCUAAGCGAGGAAAUGGAUGUUCUACCAUUUAUCCUACUGCCACUUGCCGGACCGGAAGAAUUUGAUGAUGAGACGAACGAAAAGCUGCCGGUAGAUUUGCAAUAUCUCGGCCCGGAUAAGAAGCGCGAGGAUGAUCCGGAUGUGCGCAAGAUGCUGGUAGAAUCGUUAGCACAGCUGUGUGCGACACGCAAGGGAAGGCAACAUUUGCGAGACCACGGUACGUACGAGAUUUUGCGCGAAUUGCACAAAUUUGAAUGCAGGCCGGAGGGUGAUAGAGCCGUACUGGCUGCGGUGGAGAAUGUGGUGGAUAUUUUGAUCAGGACGGAAGAAGAAAUUGGGGAGGAUAACCUGAAGCAGCUUGAAAUUCCGGACGAUGUGAAGGCAAAAAUCGAAAACAUGAGCAAAGAAAUCGAAAAAUAGAACCCAUAAUC